AUGGAGGAAGCCAGCUUCAUGUUAACAGAAAUCCCGGGCGGGUUUAUAUCGCACCGGCCACACACGAUUGCUGGUGCACACCAUCACCGGUUCGCGCCCUAUCCGGUAGUGCUUCAUCAGCCGCACCUGCAGCAAACAGCUGCGUCACCAGCCAUAUACACCAUUCCUUCGCAUCACCUAUCACAUCAUGCUCACUCGCACCACGUGCAUUCUGGGCGUCAUGCUGUCCUUCACCAUCAUCAUGCAGUACGAGCAGCGAAUCGCCCCAAGAGUCCAAUCACACCGCCGAUUCAGCCCAUCGAAGAAGAGGGUACUCACAUUGGACACCUGUACCCGGAAAUACUAACGAUGAUCUUUGCCAAAUUGAGCGUCAAAGAUCGAGGGCGGGCGGCGCAAGUUUGCACAGUCUGGCGUGACGCCGCGUACACCAAGAGCUGUUGGCGUGGUGUAGAGGCGAGCCUGCACCUGCGAAGACCUUCGCCGACACUGUUCGGAUCGCUGGUUAAGCGUGGCAUUAAGCGCGUCCAGGUCCUGUCGGUGAGGCGCGCCCUGAAGGACAUCGUGACGGGCGUGCCGAACCUGGAGUCGUUGAAUCUGAGCGGCUGCUACAAUAUCACAGAUAUUGCCAUCGGGCAUUCGUUCGCUUCCGACCUGCCCAAUCUCAAGAUCUUGAAUCUUUCGCUGUGCAAGCAGGUGACCGAUUCCAGCCUCGGUCGCAUCACGCAACACCUCAAAAACAUCGAGGUACUGGAGCUGGGCGGUUGCAGUAACAUCACCAACACAGGUUUGUUGCUCAUUUCGUGGGGCUUGAAAAAACUGCGGCGGCUAAAUUUGCGCUCCUGCUGGCAUAUUUCGGACCACGGCAUCGGCCACCUUGCUGGGCUCAGUAAGGAGACGGACGAUGGAACACCGGCCCUUGAGUACCUGGGACUGCAAGAUUGUCAGCGUCUUUCGGACGAGGCCUUGCGGCACAUUGCCCAAGGUCUCACCUCGUUGCGCUCAAUAAAUCUGAGUUUCUGCGUUUCCGUCACGGACAGCGGAUUGAAACAUUUGGCGCGUAUGCCGUGUCUGGAGGAGCUGAAUCUGCGUGCCUGUGAUAACAUAUCGGACAUCGGUAUGGCGUACCUGACCGAAGGCUGCAGCUCGAUCUCUACGUUGGACGUUAGCUUCUGUGAUAAGGUGGCCGAUCAGGCCAUGGUACACAUCUCGCAAGGCCUGUUUCAGCUACGCUCGCUAAGCCUAAGCGCUUGCCAGAUAACGGAUGAAGGGCUCUCUCGUGUCGCCAAGUCGCUCCACGAUCUGGAAACUCUGAAUAUAGGCCAGUGCAGCCGCAUCACUGAUCGUGGACUAGAUAUUAUCGCCGCCGAGCUGGUCAACUUACGUGCCAUCGAUCUUUACGGUUGCACCCGGCUGACACCGGUUGGACUGCAGAAGAUCAAUCAGCUGCCUCGACUGUCGAAGGUUAAUCUUGGCCUUUGGCAUGUCCGGUGAUGUGCUGUAAGACACUACUAA